UUCAAAUAAGAAAGCGUGGCAAACUAGUGCGACGUUUACUGAUUGGUCCUACUCCGUUUUCGUUCCUGAGAUCAAACGGAAGGCAGCUGCACAGAAUAGACCGACUAAUGCGCUUCUAAUUCUAGAUAAUUGCACCGCACAUUGCAGUAAAGAUAAGUUUCAAGUGGAUGACGCAGAAAUUCAGGUGAUCUUCCUUCCUCCAAAUGUGACAAGCUUUCUUCAGCCUAUGGUUCAAGGAAUCAUCAAUGCUUUUAAGGUUAUCUAUAAAUCGAAUUUUCUGCGCCGUGUUCUGUUAGAAACUGACAGCGAUCGCCCAGUUACAGAAGUUAUCAAAUCAUUUAGCCUUUAUGAUGCUAUUCAACUAGCGACUGAUGCGUGGGCCACUGAAACUCCAGAAACGAUUGCUAACUGUUGGCGCAAUCUCUUAAGUCAAGAUCAAAACUAUAACUCGUUCAAGGAUUUCACAAUUUCUUCACCAACAAGUGACCCCCGCGUGUUGCUUUCUAAAGUAGUGCAACUCGUUGAUCCAAACUACGAACUGACCGAAGAAGAAGUUCAAGAGUGGCUAAGCAACUCAGACAACAUAGAUGUAGCGCAAAUAUAUACCGACGAGCAAUUGGCCAAGCCUCUGGUGGUGACUUUUUCGAGGCCGACCAUGAAGAGCAAGAUUGCGAUGCUAACGAAAGUGCUGAGGGUGAUCUUAGUACUUCGGUUAUAUGUACUCUUGGAGCAGUCAAUCCGAAAAACGCAAUGAUUAUAAGUA